AUGAACCAAUUCAUUAUUCAAGCGACCAAAAAAUUGAAUAAAUUGAAAAAAGAAUUGGCCGACCAACAUUUCUUAGUUGACAGGGUAUUGAAUCCUUUGAGUCAACAAAUUGAUGAAUUCAAGAAACACGUACCAUUAAUUAUGAAAUUACGACAUCCUGGCAUCAAAACAAAACAUUGGGAAGAAAUUUCGAAAGUUGUUGGUUUCAAUGCAGCUCCUGACUUAGAAUUAACACUCCAGGGAUUCUUGGAUUUGCAUUUCGAACAGUGGAUGGAACAAGUAACACAAAUAGCAAAUGUUGCUGCGCAAGAAUACACUCUGGAAACAUCUUUGGAUCAAAUGGAUGCUGAUUUACAAACAAAGAAAUUUGUUACUUCUGAAUUCAGAAAUUCCGGUCAAUUUAUUCUCAAUGAAAUUGAUGAUAUCACUUCUACUAUUGAUGACCAAUUAGUCACAACGCAAACUAUCCUUGCAUCUCCUUUCAUUGAGCCUGUAAAGAAGAGAGCACAGGAAAGACUCAGUUUUCUUCAUUUGUCAGAAAAAAUCAUUAUGAAAUGGAUUUCUUGUCAAAAGAACUGGUUGUAUUUACAGCCAAUUUUCACAGGAACAUCCAUACAACAGAAGCUGGCAAAAGAAGCAAGAGAUUGGAAAGUUGUCGAGCAGAUAUGGUCAUCAGCGAUGAACGCAACACAUAAUCAUCCUGAAUUCCAAACAGUUAUGACAAGGGAUGGAUUAUUCGACCAAUUAAAUCAAUGCAACAAUUUAUUGGACCAAAUCAAUAUCGGAUUGAACAAAUACUUGGAAGCAAAGAGAAUGGGAUUCCCCAGAUUCUUCUUCUUGAGUAAUGACGAACUGAUAACUAUAUUAAGUCAUUCGAAAGAAAUUGGAAAAGUUCAAGAAAGUUUGUCUAAAUUGUUUGAAUACGUAAAUACUGUGACAAUGGAUGGUGAUGACAUUGUAUCAAUGAAUGACAGUGAAGGAGAGAAAGUCAAAUUGUUUAAUCCUGUACAAUUCGAUACUCCUGAAAUAGAAGAUUGGCUAAAUAACUUUGAAGCAGAAAUGAAACAUUCUUUGAAUCAAUAUAUCGAACAAGCGAAUAUGGCUAUAAAGAAACAAUCAAAAGAAGAAUGGAUAACAUCAUUCCCUGCACAAGUUAUUUUGAUAACAAACCAAAUAAACUGGACAUUACAAGUAACACAAGUUUUGUCCGGCCAAAAACUUCGAGCAAUGAAAGUUUUGUUGCAAAAAUAUUUGGAACAGUUAGAAACAUUGACGGGAUUAGUGAGAAAACCAAUAGAUAGAUUGACAAGACAGGUUUUGUCUUGUUUGUUGAUCUUGGAAGUACAUAACCGUGAUAUCAUCAAAGAUUUCGUUCAUAAAGAAGUUGUUGAUAUCGAAUCAUUUAAAUGGCUCCAACAAUUGAGAUAUUAUUGGGAAGAUUCAACAGUAAUUGUUCGCUCAAUUAACAAUGUUUUCGAGUAUUCUUAUGAAUACGCGGGUAAUUCAACACGAUUAGUCAUUACUCCUUUGACUGAUAGAUGCUACCAAACAUUGUUAUGCGCGUUCAGAAUGAAUCUUAGCGGUGCUCCAAGCGGUCCAGCAGGUACAGGAAAAACAGAAACAGUUAGAGAUUGCGCGAAAGCACUUGGAAGAUCUUGCGUCGUUUACAAUUGUUCUGAAGAAGUUACUCCUGAACAAAUGUCACAGUUCUUCGCAGGUCUUUCUAGUUCAGGAUCGUGGUCUUGCUUCGAUGAAUUCAACCGUAUUAACAUCGAAGUUCUUUCUGUUAUUGCACAACAAGUCAGAACAAUUCAAAAUGCAAUUGCUGAAAAUGCACAAACAUUUCAAUUGGAUAAAAGAUCGUUGAAAUUGAAUCCUAAUGCAGCAAUUUGCAUCACAAUGAACCCUGGUUACGCAGGAAGAACUGAGCUACCAGAUAACUUGAAAGCAUUGUUCAGACCAUGCGCAAUGAUGGUCCCUGAUUUCAUUUUCAUUUCAGAAAUUUUGCUUUUCUCCGGCGGUUUUACAACCGCUUCUUCAUUGGCUGUCAAAUUAGUUGCAUUGUUUGAUUUGUGCAGGAAACAGUUAUCAAACAGCCACCACUACGAUUGGGGCUUGAGAGCCAUGAAAGCCAUUCUUUCAACAGCAGGAAAAGCAAAGAGAAAUGACUUGGAAGCAAACGAAUCAUUACUUUUAGUCAGAACAAUAAGAGAUUGCACACUUCCGAAAUUGAUUUCUGAUGAUAUUCCUUUAUUCAAUGGCAUAUUAAGUGAUGUAUUCCCGAAUGUUGAAUACAACAAACCAUCGAAUGAUGACUUCUUGAAUUCCUUGAAGGAGUCAAUCAAACAAAUCCAAGAACAGCCAUUGGAUAUAACUAUCGCAAAAGCUACUGAGUUAUACGAAACAACAUUGGUCAGACACGGAAUUAUGUUGGUCGGUGGCGCGAUGGGCGGAAAAUCAACAGCAUGGAAAUCUCUUUCUUUAGCUUUGACUGAUCUUUCAAAGACAAACAACAGUUUGUACAAGCCAAUACAAGUGGAAUCCCUCAAUCCAAAGGCAAUCUCUAUUGCAGAACUCUACGGUUCCUUCAAUCCUGUAACAAGUGAAUGGGCUGACGGCGUUUUGUCAAAAAUCAUCAGAGAAAUGUCAUUUUCUGAACAAACCGUUGGCAAAUGGAUUAUCGUUGAUGGUCCUGUCGAUUCCUUGUGGAUUGAGUCAAUGAACUCAUUGUUGGAUGAUAACAAAGUCCUUUGCCUUCCGAAUAACGAGCGUAUCCAGUUAUCUCCACAUGUCAAAAUGAUGUUCGAAGUUGACAAUUUGGAUGAAGCAUCUCCUGCAACUGUUUCUCGUUGCGGAAUGGUCUAUUUCGAUCCAAGUGUUUUGAGUUGGACAGCAUUGGCUGAUUCAUGGAGAGACUCACUACUCGAAAAACAAGCAACAGUUGCUAAUUACGUGAGAGAACUCAUGAAUUCAUGGUUACCAAAUUGUCUACAAUUCAUUACAAAUGAUGCAAAAACUUCUUUGACGAUUAAUCCUAAUUUUGCUGUGAAAAACUUGUUGAGAUUAUUGAAUUCUUUUGUUGAUGUUUUGAGGAAACCAAUAGAGAACCAAGUAGAAGGAGAAGAGACAGUUGUUAGCGAUCCAUUAGAUAAAACAAAAUACUUCUCUGUCUUCUCACAAGCGAAUGAUUCUAUUCCUUAUUUCGAAUCAGAACAAUCAACAUUAGUUUUUGAGAGAAUUUUCAUUUUCUGUUUGAUAUGGAGCUUCGGAGGUCCAUUAGUUGAUGACUCCCGUGUUUUAUUCGAUAAGUUCAUUAGAGAUCUAUUGGAAACAACACAGAGUAGAGUCCAAUUCCCUCCGAAAGGAUUAGUUUUCGAUUAUUACUGCGAUUUAAGUCAAUUUACUUGGUUGCCAUGGUUGGAUGGAACAACAAAUGUUGGAUUGACAAGUGACUUGCCAAUAGAGCAACAAUUGAUAUCAACGAAAGAAUCCGCAGUCACAAUCUUUUUGUCGAGAUUGUUGUGCUCAAAUGGAUAUCAUGUUUUGUUGCAAGGCCCAGAAACAUCAAAAACAUUGUCAGUCAAAACAUUGUUUUCAAAAGUUUUGGAGCCAACGAAAUAUGAUUGCCAUAUCUUCCCAUUAGCAAGUUGUUCAACUCCUACAGGUAUUUCCAAGUUCCUACAAGCGUAUAUGCACAAGAGACAAGGAAAACUUGGUCCUCUUCCAAACCAACAAUUGAUUUAUCUUUUAGAUAAUUUCAAUUCAGUGAAACCGGAAGUUUACGGAGCACAACCACCUCUGGAAUUAAUCAGGCAGUUCAUGGAUUACAAUGGCUGGUACCAGACAAGUCCUGUUGAAUUCCAGAGCAUCACAGGAACAUCAUUGAUUGCUACAAUGGGAGUUCCUGGCGGUGGUUUGUACACUGUUCCUGAACGAUUGUUAAGUCAUUUCUUCAUUUUGCAUUGCCCUCCUUACAACCAGAUCGAGACAUCCCAGAUCGUGGAAGGUUUGUUGAGAAGUGCCUUCGCAAGACACUCACAGUCUAUCCAGGAAAAACUCAAAGGAAUCGCUUUGGCGAUGGUCGGAAUUUACCAAGAAUGUCAAAAAUCACUUUUGGCAAUUCCAUCGAAACUCCAUUAUAUUUUCAACAUGAGAAACAUAUUGCAUGUCAUCAGAGGCAUGUUGUUAAUAAAGCCAGAGAAUAUUCCAACAGAACUUCAGUUCUUAAGGCUUUGGCAACAUGAAAUGAUGAGAGAAUUCCAUGAUAGAUUCAACACGAAUCAAGACAGAAAAUGGUUAAUAACAGCUCUAAAACAACAAAUAGAACAAGGAAUGAACGGAAAGAUCGAUAAAGAACCAAUGUUCUGUUCAUUCUCUGAUUCCUCCAAACUCUACAAAGAAGUAACAAUAACUCAAGACCAAUUAAUACAACAAUGUAACAAUCUUUUGGAAGAACACAACAGAGAAGUACAAAAGCAAUUAGACAUUGUUUUGUUCCCUGAAGCUAUUGGUCAUUUGGCUUCUUUGUCAAGAGCUUUCUCUCUAGAAAGAGGCCAUGUUAUGCUUGUUGGCGUCAAAUCAAGUGGUCGUAAAUCACUUGCACAUUUAGCUUUGUACGCUUGCAACAUGGAACCAUUCGAAAUCUCAAUAACAAGGACAUUUAACUUCGAAGAAUGGAGAGAAAACUUGAAGACAUUGAUGCACAAAUGCGGUGCUGAAGAUGAACCAACAGGUUUCAUUAUAAAUGAUGUUCAAAUAGUAAUGGAACAACAAUUGGAAGAUAUCUCAAAUAUCUUGAUUUCCUCUGAAGUUCCUCAACUUUACGAUAGAGAUGAAAUGGAACAAAUCAAAGGUGAAAUCAACAAAGAUGACAAUGGUGAUUCGAACAUUGCUCCUUGGGAUAAAUUCAUGCAAAGAAUCAAGAAGAAUUUGCAUAUUAUUCUCGUUUUCUCACCAUACGGACAAACAUUUAAAGAUGUAAUGUUGUCAUUUACGUCUAUAAGAAAUGAAGUAAUCAUUGAUUGGUACAUGCCAUGGCUACAUGAAUCACUUGUGAGUAUAGGAAUGACUGCAUUGCAGAAAGCGAAUAUUCCAAGUAAUAUCAUUGAUUCUGUCAUUUCUAUAAUGGUUAAUAUCCAUAAAUCAGCUGAUGAUUUCGCUUCCAAAUUCAUCAAAGAGACAAAGAGAUACAACGCCGUUACACCUUCAAGGUUCUUUGAGUUGUUGCAAACAUUCACAAACAGAUUGUUAAGUUCUCAAGAUUCAAACUCACAGAACUUGAAGAAUUACACACAAGGUAUCGAGAAAAUCAAGUCAACACAAGCACAAAUAGCAACAAUGAGAGAACAACUUGAUAGAGAUAUCCCUAUUCUCAGGAAAACAGAGAAAGAAGUCAUAGAAAUGUUGAAAGAAUUAAGUGUAAAAAGUGCGGAAUGCGAAGCAACACAAAAAGAAGUCAAAGAACAAAGUGACAUUGCAGAGAAAGAAGCAGCACAAGCAUCAGAAGCAAAUAGAGUUGCUCAAGAACAAUUCGCUAAAGUAGAGCCAAUUUUAGAAGAAGCAAAAGUUGCUGUUUCUAAAUUAGAUAAAGAUUCAUUAGUAAAUAUCAAGAAAUUGCAUAAUCCAAGUGCAGGCAUGAAAGAUACUUUUGAUGCAGUUUGUAUCAUGUUUGAGCGCCAGCCAAGGAAAGUUGAUGGACCAACACCAGGAACGAAAGAAGAAGAUUACUGGCCAGAAGCUGUUUCGUUGCUAAAUGACAUAAAAUUCAUCAAUAACAUCACGAAUUUCAAAAUUGAAUUGAUGAAACCUGCAACGAUAAAUAAACUUAAGAAAUAUGUUCCAACAGAUCCACAAGCGAGAGAAGAGAAGAAAAAAGCCGCACAGCAGUCUUUUGCAGCUGUUGGCGCUUUCUACGAUUGGGUUUGCGCUUCUUUCGAUUACUGGAACGUUUACCAAGAAAUUUUGCCACUUAAAAAUGCAGCUGAUGAAGCUCUGAAGAAAUUGGAAGCAUCUCAAACAAUUCUUGCAAAAGCUAAAGCACAUUUAGCACAAGUAGAACAAACUCUCAAAGAUUUACAAGACAAAGUCGAUGCAAUGAAGAAGAGAGAACAAGAUCUCAAAGAUAACGUUGCAAAAACAACAGCAAGACUUGAUAGAGCGAAUAAAAUCAUGUCUGGAUUAUCAGGAGAAACAGACAGAUGGUCUGAAGUUACUCAGAACCUUUCCAACUCUUCCAAGUUCAUUAUGGGUGAUUCCAUUUUGAUUUCAGGUGUUUUGACUUAUUUAGGUGUUUAUUCACCAACAUUUAGGUCAAAAAUACUCCAAACAUGGCAGGGAUUCCUCAAAGAAAAAGACAUCAAUUUCACAAACAACUUCUCUAUUAUUAACGCAUUAGGAAAUGAUGCGACAAUUAGAGAUUGGAUCACAAAAGGUUUGUCAAAUGAUUCUUUUUCAAUAGAAAAUGCAUUGAUCAUUACACAGUCACCAGAAAGUUAUCCAUUGUUAAUUGAUCCACAGUUAAAUGGUACUUCAUGGCUAAGAGCAAUUGAUGAGAAAUUAGUUGCUUUGAGAUUUGAUCAAACAGACUUUUUGCAAAGACUGAAAAGUUGCAUCCAAAUUGGUAUCCCUGUCAUCAUUGAAAAUGUUGGUCUGAAAAUGGAUCCAUUGAUUGAUCCAAUCCUGUCUAAAGAGAUAUUAAAUGUUGAUGGAGCUAAAACAAUCUCAUUAGGUGGAGAAGUUGUCAAUUACAAUGAUAAUUUCAGAUUGUAUUUGUCAACGAAAUAUCCAAAUCCACAAUAUUCUCCAGCCAUUUGUUCUCAAGUUACUUUGAUUAACUUCACAACAACAGAAGAAGGAUUGACAGACUUGUUGUUGAACAACUUAAUCGAAGUAGAAAGACACGAUUUAGACGAAAAGAGACUUGAAAUCAUGGAAGCAAGUGCAGCAAAUAUAAAGAAACUGAAAGAUAUCGAAAAAGAAAUCUUAAACAUUGUUUCUAAUGCAGGAAGUGACAUUUUGGAUGAUGACAAAGCCAUCAAAACACUUCAGAAUGCACAUGAAACAAGCCAGAACAUUGCACAACAAAUGGCUGCAAGUGAAUCAACUCAGAAACAGAUACAAGAGUUCCGAAAUCAAUUCAGUAUCGUUGCAUCAAGAGCAGCAUUACUUUAUUUCUGUGUUUCUGACUUCUCCGUCAUUGAUUCCAUGUACCAGUUCUCUUUGAAAUGGUUCACUUCAUUGUUUAGAACAGCUAUUUCCAAUGCUGAACAUUUCAGUAAUGUUGAAGACACAAUUAAAUCAUUCAAUAACACAAUCGCGAAGAAUUUCUAUGAAUCAGUUUCUUAUUCAUUGUUUUCAAGACACAAAUUGUUGUUUUCUACUUUGAUGUGCAUAAGAAUACUGUAUUCCGAGAAGAAGAUAUCUGGUUCAGAACUCGCUUUCUUGUUAUCCCCAACAGUUGAACCCGUACAAUCCCCAGUUAUGUUCAUAAACGAUGAAUCAUGGAGACAAGCUCUGGCUUUAGAAAAAAUUUCAUCUGAUUUUGGCGGUUUGACAAAACAUAUACAAGAAAACCAAGAUAAAUGGAGAGAAUACAUGGAGAACCAGCAGGCAGAGCUUGCACACAUUCCGUUCAAUGAAAACGACAAAUUGAGUUCGUUCCAGAGAUUCCUUUUGUUGAGAAUUUUCCAUUUGGAAAGAGUCAGAGAAGGAUUACAUAUUUUCAUCGAAGAAAAUCUCGGAAAAGAGUUCGUAACUCCUCCAACACUUAAUUUAAUGAAAGUAUUCAAGGAGUCAAACACAACAACACCUUUGAUAUUCAUCAUCAUGCCUGGUAUCGAUCCACAAGAUGAAAUCCUUGGUGUCGCUGCAAGUAUGGAACUGGAGAAAUAUGUCAAACCAUACUCCCUCGGCCGUGGAAGAGGACAAGGAGCAGAAGAGCUGAUAAGAGAGGCCGCAGACUCUGGUUUCAUUGUUUUGUUACAGAACUGCCAUUUGAGUUUGAGUUGGAUGCCAAAACUCGAACACAUUUUGAACGAAUUAUCAAUGGAACCAGACAAAAUCAACCCGAGAUUUAGAGUUUGCUUGGUCACAAUGUCUGACCCGAAUUUCCCAAUCGGUAUUUUAUAUCAAGGAACUAAACUCAUCUACGAAAUUCCUCGUGGCAUUCGCGAGAAUAUCAUGAGAAUCUACUCCGGAUUCAACGCAGAUGAAUACGACCAGGAUUCAUCUGAAAUCGAGAAACAGUUGACUUUCUCUUUGGCUUUCUUCCACUCCGUUGUUCUUGAAAGACUCCAAUUCGGGUCAAUGGGAUGGAACAUUCCUUACGAGUUUAACCCAUCAGAUUUCGCAAUUUCCAGGAAACAAUUGCACACGUUUUUGACUGAAAACGGAAACAAUCCAAACGACAUUCCAUUCGAAGCAUUGAGUUACGUCAUUGGCGAACUUAACUACGGUGGAAGAGUCACUGAUUCAUGGGACAGACGUCUUCUUUUGUCUGUUUUACAGAGAUACUUCAGCGAAGAAUCGAAUUCACAAGGAGUUUCAUUUGGAAAACGUUACAACCCUCCAAGCUCAUUCGAUCUUUCCCUCCACGAUGUAAUUAACACAUUGGAAUCAUGGCCAACAGUUACACAGAGUGGAGAUGUCGGAUUGUCCGCAAAUGCAUCGACAAUUGUAGCAAGAAACGAAGCAAUGAACAUUUUCAAUAAAUUAAUUGAAGUCCAGCCAACAUUAGUUUCUUCAUCGGAAUCCGUCAGUGAAGAACAGUUUGCUCUGUCAUUAGUUUCUUCUUUGCAGCAGAUAUUGCCAAGACCUUUCAAUAUCUACAACUUCAAGAAGAAAUUCACACAAAAAGACACAAUAACAACUGUUUUGUAUCACGAAAUCAUUUUGUACAAUGAUUUGAUUGAGACAAUUUCUGAGUCAUUGAAGAGGAUGGAGAUGGGCUUGAAAGGUUUGAUAUUGAUUGAUCAGAAGCUUGAGAUCUUAAAGAGAAGAUUACUUGGAAACAGAGUCCCAGAAACAUGGCUUCAAAAGAGUUUCCCAAGUAUUUUGACAUUGAGAAAUUACAUGGAUGAUUUGAGACAAAGAGUUGAUUUCUUGGACAAUUGGAUGAGAAUGGGAACACCUGUUGUAUACAGAUUAGGUGCUUUCUUCCAUCCUGAAGAGUUCUUAACAGUUGUUCUCCAGGUUUACGCAAGAACUAAAGUUGUUCCAUUCGAUACUUUGUCGUGGAAGACAACUCCUAUUUCUACAAUAAUUAAUGAGUCUCCAAAAGAAGGAAUUUACAUCGAAGGACUGCCAUUGGAAGGCGCCAAGUGGGAUAAUGUACAAGGAACACUUGUUGAGUGCUCGCAGAUGGAGUUGGACAGUCGUUUGCCUGUUUUCCAUCUUGUUCCAACUGAACAAAAUAAUCUUUACGACAAAACUAAGUUUUAUGAAUGUCCUGUCUUCAGAACUCAAAACAGAGGUACAGGAGCAUUGGAUCUUCCUAACUAUAUAUUAAGUUUGCACUUGCCUUCUUCGAAGAUAUCGCCAGAUCACUGGAUACAAAGAUCUGUUGCAGCAUUUAUUACAGUUCAAUAA